AUGGAUAGGAGUUGGAUGUCUAUUAAGAACUACCUAGAUCCCAAGUAUUUAGAUGAAGUUGAUGAAUUUAUUAAGUUUGCUCUUCUAGGCAAGGAUCCUAAUUGUAAACUGCCAUGUCCUUGCAAAGUAUGCAAUAAUUUUGAGGAUCAAACUAAGGAAGUCAUGGCCAAUCACUUGUGUCGAGGAAUUGUUGAUAGUUAUACUAGGUGGAUAUAUCAUGGCGAAGGGUUUGAAUCAGAUGAUGAGAAUGAUGACAUAGAAAUCAAUGACAACGAUAGUGACUUUGACAGUAUGGAGGAGCUGUUAAAUGAUGUAGGAGUUGCUAACUUUGGUGAGAGUUGGAGACAUUCACCGGAACUUGAUACGGGUGCUUGUACCGAGAAAGAAGGAGAAGCAAGUAGGUUUCUCAGAUUAUUAUCGGAGGCUGAAAAAUCUCUAUACCCGGGCUGUGAAAAGUAUUUAAAACUCUCGUUUAUUGUCCAUAUCCUCCACUUGAAAACAAUGAAUCGGUGGACUUGUAAAUCUACUGAUAUGUUGCUGAAGUUCUUGCAUCAAGUAUUUCCUACAGCUUUGAUUCGCAGCUCAUAUUACGAGGCAAAAAAUUUCAUCCGUGAGUUGGGGCUGAAGUGUGAAAAGAUCCACGCCUGUGAAAAUGAUUGCGCACUUUUUUGGAAUGAAAAUAAAGGCCUUGAUCAUUGUCCAAAUGAAAAAUGUAAAGCACCGCGGUAUAAAUCUCCAAAUUCCAAAAUACCUAGAAAGGUGUUGCGUUAUUUUCCAUUAAAAUCAAGGCUGCAAAGACUGUUUGUGAACAAAGAGAUUGCUCGGGAUAUGAGGUGGCAUAAGGAGAGACGUGUAGAUAAUGAGAACAUGAUGCGACACCCUGCUGAUUCAUUAGCUUGGAAGGAUUUUGAUAGAAAUCACAAGUCCUUCGCUGAAGAUCCUAGAAAUGUAAGGCUAGGACUUGCUAGUGAUGGCUUUAAUCCCUUUGGAACCAUGAGCAAUUCAUACAGUAUAUGGCCUGUUAUCCUUGUUCCUUACAAUCUACCUUCUUGGAAAUGCUUAAAAGAUCCAUUUUUUUUCCUAUCAAUGAUUAUUCCUGGUCCCAAAGCACCUGGAAAUGACAUUGAUAUAUUCUUUAGACCAUUAGUUGAUGAGUUAAAAGAGUUAUUUGCCACUGGUGUGGAGACAUAUGAUGCCUUCAGGGAGGAGAAGUUCAUGUUACGUGCAGCACUUUUGUGGACAAUAAACGAUUUUCCAGCAUAUGGCUAUUUGUCGGGAUGGAGUACAAAAGGGUACAAGGCAUGUCCUGUGUGCUUAGAUGAGACGACUAGUCUAUAUCUUAAUAAUGGUCACAAAUGUUGUUACAUGGGCCAUCGCCGUUUUCUGCCUAUUGAUCAUAAAUGGUGUCGAGAAAAAAAGCAAUUUAAUGGAGAAAGAAAACAUAGACAGCCUCCUAGGACCCUAUCAGGUGAAAAAGUCCUCCAAAAACUUCUUCGUAUUGAGCAAGUUGAGUUUGGCAAGGCACCUGAUUUGCUGCAACAGAAGAAAAGAAAACGCGUGCAGAACAGUUCAAAUUGGAAGAAGAUGAGCAUAUUCUUUGAACUUCCAUAUUGGAGUACCAAUAAAAUUAGACAUAAUUUGGAUAUUAUGCACAUUGUCAAGAAUGUAUGUGAAUCUUUGGUAGGUACAUUAAUGAAUAUCCCUUCGAGAACUAAGGACACAUGGCAGGCUAGGGAGGAUUUAAAAGAAAUGGGAUUAAGGGAAGAGUUGCAUCUACAAUCGGGAGGUGGGCAAUCUAAAGUUAUGCCGCCUGCAUGUUACACUUUAUCACGCCUAGAGAAAAAGAAUUUCUGCCAGUUUUUGAGCACUAUCAAGUUCCCGGAUGGCUUUGCUUCAAACAUUCCUUGGUGUGUGAAGACCAAGGAGUGUCAACUUUUAGGAAUGAAGAGUCAUGACUACUAUGUGUUCAUACAACGACUUCUUCCACUAGCAACUAGAGGAAUGCUGUCAAAAGAUGUCAUGUAUACACAUGCACGUGGAGAAUGUACUGAUGAAUUGUUGUCCUUGGCUAGAGGACCUGAUUUUCGAGUCAAUACAUUUGCUGGCUGUAAUGUGAAUGGAUUUAGAUUCCACAUUAAGGCUCGGGAAAGAGAAAGAAAGACACAAAAUAGUGGAGUUAUGGUAAAGGGGGAGCAUGCUGAUAAAGAAACAUACUUCUAUGGUAUAAUUACUGAUAUAGUUGAGGAAGCUAAGGAGGGAAGGACAGUUGGACCAAUUGAACUUUAUGACAUGACACAUUUUAGUCGAAAGAAGAAUGCUAUGGUUGACGAGACAUCAGCUGAAAAACUGGUGACUGGGCGUAUAACUGGAUAUGUACGUGGUCAUGGCCCCUCCAAGGCUAGUUUAAUUACACAAAAACUUGCAGAGAUAGAAGAAUUCAAGAAAAGGGCAGAACAAGCUGAGAAACGAUCAACUGAAUUGGAAGUUCAAGUCCAAUCUCAACAGCAGCUGAUGCAAAGGCUUGAGAAUCAACAAGCUGAAAUGCAAAACCAGCAGCUUGAAAUGCUAGAACUCCUUAAGGCUUUACGAGCAGAAUUGCAGUCCAAGAACUAA